CCGCCUCUCCGUAGGGCUUCGGCUUCUUAUUGGUCUAACAUCUCUAGCUCCUAUAGGUCAAAGAACCAAUGGACUGGGUCUGUCCCUAGCUAUGCCUGAUUCCGGAACUGCAGCAGAAAUAGUUAAUUGUGAAGCUGCUUUCAGGCAUUGCUUAGGACAUAACUAUGGGGCCUGAAGGGGCCUUUUGCUAGCACCGGAACAGUUGCCGGAGAGUUCAACCGCAAGCUUAAGAGAUGCCGCCGAAGGGGAAAAGUGGUUCUGGAAAAGGAGGGAAAGGAGGUGCAGCCUCUGGGAGUGACAGUGCUGACAAGAAGUCUCAGGGUCCUAAAGGUGGUGGCAACGCAGUAAAGGUCAGACACAUUCUAUGUGAAAAACAUGGGAAAAUCAUGGAAGCCAUGGAAAAAUUAAAGUCUGGAAUGAGAUUCAGUGAAGUGGCCACACAAUAUAGUGAAGAUAAAGCCAGACAGGGGGGUGACUUAGGUUGGAUGACCAGAGGAUCCAUGGUGGGGCCAUUUCAAGAUGCAGCAUUUGCCUUGCCUGUAAGUGGGAUGGAUAAACCUGUGUUUACAGACCCACCAGUUAAGACCAAAUUUGGAUAUCAUAUUAUUAUGGUUGAAGGGAGAAAAUAAAAUCACAUGAAAGAGUGAA